CUCAAGACCUUUGGAAGUCAGAUGAGCGAAUGUAGGGUAAUGUUGCGCUUGCUAGAUGAUCUUCCAGCGCUUCACUACAUGAUGACAUAUGGAUGGGGAAAGCAGAUGGAGCCAAGUGAUACAAAAUGUAGUAGACGUCAUUUAUUCUCCCAUAGAGCAUAUUGCUUGGGCUGGCCAGCAUAAUAUUGUAUCAAUUAAUAAUGACAAAUGGGAUCUUGCUACAACUUGGUUUUGGAUAGUUUCUCUACACCUGUCGUUAUUGAAAUCGUUUAGAUUAUUACAAACUUUGACGAUCUUUUAA